AUGAACGGUCUCACCUUAGCAGUUAUUAUGGCGGUUUGUGUUGGGGCAACUUUUGCCAACACCUUUCCUCCCAGCUACGAUGCACAGGAUGAUGAUUGGGACGGAUAUCCCAUGCAGCCAAUAAGGACCCACCAGAUGGUCACGGGCUACAGGGCACCCGUCAGUAAAGGCUUCGUGGCCACUAUUAACCCUGGAUAUCUCCGGAAUGGUUUCGUCGGAGUGACACCAGUUGGAAACCCUUUCGUCAGAUCAGGACUCUCUAGGGUUUUGAGACAUCAGGGCACCGCCUUGUACCCAACAAUCCAUCAGAAAGUUGUGUACCCAACAGCAGGCAGACGUUACAAGAGAUCAACCGGCACUUACAGAUCAAACAGAUAUGACAGUGGACUACAAUACCCAGGACUUUUCCCCCGCUAUCGCCAAUAUCCCCGAAGAUACCCUUCUUACCCCACAUUUCCCACACAUGGAGGUUAUUAA